AUGAAGCUCACCCUCCUCACUCUCCUGCCCCUCCUCGUUGCUGCCUCGCCCGUCGCCCGCGACGACGGCAAGCGCCUCGCCGUCUUCGGCGAGAACGAGGAGCCCGUCCUGCUCACCGAGGCUGAGCUCUACGCCGAGAAGGGCAAGGGCCGCAACUACUUUGACGUGACGAACAACAAGGAGGACCGCAAGGCUUGGCGCGGCUGGAAGGCUGCUGGCGGCAAGAAGGCCCAUGAGCAGCAGUACCCCUCGCCCGGCAAGUACAAGGGCCAGGUUGACCAGCUCGCCGCCAAGCUGGACGAGGGCCGCGCCCGCGACUUCCUGACGCAGUUCUCGGCCUACGAGACCCGCUACUACAAGUCGCAGACCGGCAGCGAGUCGCAGAAGUGGCUCCUCGACCAGGUCAACAAGAUCUCCGAGGGCGUCCCGCACAACCGCAAGGAGGUGUCGGUUCGUUCCGUCUCGCACCCCUGGGGCCAGGACAGCAUCAUCGCCACCCUCCCCGGAAACAAGAACAAGCCGCGUGUGAUCCUCGGUGCGCACCUCGACUCUGUUGCCGGACGCGACCCGUACAGCCGCUCCCCUGGCGCUGACGACGACGGCUCGGGCACCACGACGCUGCUGGAGGCGUUCCGCGUCCUUGUUGAGAACGGCAUCAAGUUCAAGAACCAGGUCGAGUUCCACUGGUACGCGGGCGAGGAGGCGGGUCUGCUCGGCUCCCAGGUCGUCGCGGAGGAGUACAAGCGCCAGGGCGUCGACGUCAAGGCCUACCUCAACUGCGACAUGACUGGUUACUUCCCGCCCGGGGACGAGCACGUUGGCAUCGUCCGCGACAACGUCAACAAGAACCUCGCCGACUUUGUCGCCGCCUCCGUCACGACGUACCUUGGCAUUCCGGCGCGCGACACCAACUGCGGAUACGCGUGCUCUGACCACGCGUCCUGGAACACCUCGGGAUACCCCGCCGCCUUCUCGUUCGAGACCGAGUUUGGCAAGCACUCGCCCGCCAUUCACACCUCGGCUGACACUAUCGACCAGCCCGGGUUCAGCUUCAAGCACCUCCUCAACUUCUCCAAGCUCGCUAUCGCGUUCGCCCUCGAGCUUGCUGCCUAG